GCUAGCUUAUCUUAGCUUAGCUGCACCAGGCUAGCUAUUUUUAAACGUUCUUUCUGUGUGUCAGGAAGAAAUGGCUAUACGUGUAAUACAUCAUGAAGAAACUGAUAUUAUUAUUAAACAAACCUGUGUAAUUUUAAUCACACCGCAUAAAAAUUACCUCAGAAAUAGGAGCGUAGCGGCAAAGCUCAUUUUGUAGCCUGACAACAGGUCACUGUGUGUGUGUGGCUGUACGCUACAGGACACAUGAUUAGCAAUGCGUUAAGCGUUUUCCAGGCCGCAUUACCGUACUAUUAAGUUGCUAAAGGACUUGAACAUAUGAGUGUACGGUUCCAAGCUGUCUUGUUCCUGCCGUUGCUCCUCGCACUCACGCUCUGUGUAGGUGGGGCUAUGGGCUGCCUCCAGAGCGUGGUGUGUAAGCCGCGCGUGCGGCGCGAGAACAUUGUGGUGUACGAGGUGUCGGCUUCGAUCGACCGGAGUCCCACCGUGGUGGAGGAGAACUCGCCCAUCGUGCUGCGCUACCGGACACCCUACUUCCGCGCCUCGGCUGGGGUCGUCAUGCCACCUGUGCCUAGGAACGAGACGUGGACGGUGGGCUGGAUUCAGGCCUGUACGCAGAUGGAGUUCUACAACACGUACGGAGACGCCGGCGCGUCGAGCUGGGAGCUACCGGAGCUGCGCGAGGGCCGCGUGAAGGCCAUCAGCGACUCGGAUGGCGUCAGCUACCCGUGGUACGGCAACACGACCGAAACGGUGACCAUCACGGGUCCGACGUCCAAGCCCUCACGCCUCACUGUCAGCAUGAACGACAACUUCUACCCGAGCGUGACGUGGGCGGUGCCCGUGGGCGAGAGCGGCGUCCCAGCACUCACUCGUGUCACUCGUGACCAGAGCUUCAUCACGUGGUUGGUGGCAAUGAACACUGUGACGCGUGAGAAGAUCCUGCUACAGACGGUCCGGUGGCGCAUGCGGGUCGACAUCGCCGUCGAUCUCAUGAGGCCGCUGGGCUCCCGCGCCACUUUGGUCAGCCAGACGCACCAGGAACAGCCGCUCAUCCUCACCAAUAACGAGCCCAUUCCGCCAAACGCACUGGCGCGCCCCAACGCCAACGACGCGCAGGUGUUAAUGUGGAGGCCGAGGAGGGGGCCGCCGCUGGUCGUCAUCCCUUCCAAAUAGAACGGCUAGUCAAAAUCACUGUGCAACGUGGCAAAAACGCAUCCACAGGCAGGAGCACGACGUCACAGGAAAAAUACGUCUGUGCACGAGCAGUGGAUCACAAGAAACGAAGACAUGGGUUCUUCAAGCGAUGGA